GGGGCGGGGCUUAACAAGAGGAAGUGUUCUGCGGGGUCGCGAAGGUAGGGGAAUAUUCGCGUUCCUACUGAAUCAAGGUGACGCGCGCACACAGCAAUGCAUCUAACGUGGCUUGUAAGUGCUGCCCUUCUGGGACUGGCAACCUGUGUGCCCAUUGAACGGCCCAAGGAGAAGCAAGAGGCGGAACCUCCCCCAGACCCAGCGGACACAGGCCUGUUUUACCACCGCUACCUGCAGGAAGUCAUCAAUGUGCUGGAAACAGACGGGCACUUCCGAGAGAAGCUCCAAGCGGCAAACGCAGAGGACAUCAAGAGUGGGAAACUCAGCAAAGAGCUGGAUUUUGUCAGCCACCACGUCCGCACCAAACUAGAUGAACUGAAGCGCCAGGAAGUGUCCCGGCUUCGGAUGCUUUUGAAGGCCAAGAUGGAUGCCACCAUGGAACAAGACGUCCAGAUCGAUCACCGGACUUUACUGAAGCAGUUUGAGCAUCUGGACCCUCAAAACCAACACACCUUCGAAGCCCGAGACUUGGAGCUGCUCAUUCAGACUGCUACCAAGCACCUGGAGAACUUUGAUGCAGACCACCACAACGAGUUCAAGCGCUACGAGAUGAUGAAGGAGCACGAGCGCCGGGAGUAUCUGAAGUCUCUGGAUGAGGAGAAGCGCCGGGAGGAGGAGGCGCGUUUCGAGGAGCUCAAGAAGAAGCACAAGGAGCACCCCAAAGUCAAUGCCCCGGGAAGCCAAGAUCAACUCAAGGAAGUCUGGCAGGAGACAGAUGGCUUAGAUCCCAAUGAGUUCAAUCCCAAGACCUUCUUCAACUUGCACGAUACCAACAGCGAUGGGGUCUUAGACGAGCAGGAAUUAGAGGCUCUUUUCACCAAGGAGCUGGAGAAAGUAUACGAUCCCCGUAACGAGGAAGAUGACAUGCUAGAAAUGGAAGAAGAGCGGCUGCGCAUGCGCGAACACGUUAUGAAAAAUGUGGAUCUAAACCGGGACAGGCUAGUGAACCUGGAUGAGUUUCUGAAAUCGACACAGAAGAAGGAAUUUAACGAAGCCGAUGGAUGGAAGACGGUGGAAGAAACGCAGGUCUAUUCCGAGGCGGAGCUUCAGCGCUUUGAGGUGGAGUUAGUAGCCCAGGAGGCGGAGCUAGGCCGGCGUGCAGAGCAGCUCCGUCGGCAGCACGAUGAACUUAUACAGCGGCAGGUGCAGCUGGAUGCUCAAAAGAAGGAGUACCAACAGGCUGUGCUCCAAAUGGAACAGAGGAAAUCUCAGCCACAGGCUGAGCAAGGACACCCGGCAGGACCGGGAGGUGAGCUGAAGUUUCAGGCGCAGCCUCCCCACGCAGCCCCAGCAGACCAGACAGUCCCACCUGAUUCACACCCUGGAGCGCCGGAACAUGCUGCUCCACAGAACCAAGCAGAACCUCCUCAGACCCAGCAGCAUCCUGAAGUUGAGAUCCAGUAGAAUACUGGGACAGGAAGGAAGUGAAGUCCGGCUAUUCACGGAGUGCAAGUUUGGGAAGGAAUUAAAAAUGUGCCUCCCCCCCCCCCCCCCGCAGUCUGAAGUGGUACAGCCCAUUUUGACACCUCAGAAUUCUGUCGCCUCAUUUUUCCAUAAUACGUAGCUGAGACCUGAGGAAGGGCAGACGUCGAGAAUGAUGGGAGGAGCUUACUUAGAAAUUCCCCGCCCCUUUUGCUCAUCAGAGCUCUCUGUCCCUCCUACCUAAGUCGAAUAAGCCUCUGAGGGAGCCUGGGAAGGGGGCUCUAAUGAGGGAGGCCCUUUAAGAGGGAAUGGGGGUGGGGUGGAAUGAAGUGAGGAGCUGAACACCAUCCCCUGAAUUGACCUCCGAUCCUGGAUGCUUCUGAGGGAAUUUAGUGGAGGGUGGGAGGCAUGAACGUUGCUAUUCAGUGUUCACUGCUGUGCCCCCUCCCUCCUCGCCUGACUUCGGCUGCUGUAUCAUGGAAUUGCAGUGUUGCACCUUUCUAAAAAGGAGAGAUGAAAAAGAGCUGAAAUUUGGCUGUGAUCUUUGAGACGACUUGAGUCUUUUUUUAUUUAAUAAAGCUGUUGUGACACAACCCCCUCUCC